AUGGUUUCUUAUCAUUGGUUGCAACUCAUGGUAGCACAUCGCGUUUGUGCGAGACUCAGAAGGAAGUUUUUUGAAAGCCUAAUGUCUCAAGAUUACACCUGGGUCGAUCAGAACGAUGGUGGAGAGCUUACCGCACGAGUAGCGGGUGAUGUCAAUUUGAUCCAGGCGGGCAUUGGAGAUAAAGUUACCAGUGCAAUUCAGUUUACGUCCAUGUUUGUCAUUGGCGUCAUCGUUGCCUUUGUGUAUGGCCCCCUGCUCACACUCGUCAUACUCUCCGUCGCCCCCCUGCUCGUCUUGGCCGGUGGGGCCUUUGCAAAGAUGGCUUCCGCUUCUACAGGCGAUGGCUUGGGAGCCUACGGUGCAGCUGGCGCUGUCGCUAAUGAGACUAUCAACCUCAUUCGCUCUGUUACCGCGUACGGUGGCCAGGAGAGCGAGGCGAGGAGGUAUGAGAAGGAGUUGCAGAUCGCGUACAAGGCUGACGUGAAGAAGGCCGUUAUCAGCGGGUUAGGCAUGGGCGUUACCUUUUUCAUUAUAUUCUCUACGUAUGCGGUUGCGUUUGUGUUCGGUGCGUGGAGAGUAAGAGAAAUGAAAUUGGAUCCGGGGGAUGUUCUCACCACUUUUUUUUCCGUUUUUAUCGCUUGUGUUUCGAUCGGGCAAGCCGCUCCAUCAUUCCAGGCUUUCGCGGUAGCUCGUGGGGCUGCCCCACGCGUGUAUGAGGUUAUUGACCGACCGUCUGAGAUAAACCCCCUGACGGAAGAUGAAGGUGAAGUUAUCAAUGACUUUAGGGGUCGCAUUGAGUUUAAGAACGUCUUUUUCAACUAUGCCUCACGUAUCAUCGACGACUUGGAAGAUGAUGCUAUGAAAGAGUUUGUCCUGAACAACUUCAACCUUGAUGUCCCUCCAGGCACAGCUCAUGCGCUUGUCGGAUCGAGCGGAUGCGGCAAAAGUACCACAGUGCGUCUGGUUGAGAGGUUUUACGAUGUGCAGCAAGGUGAAGUUACCUUGGAUGGCGUAAACGUUCGCAACUUAAACGUCCGCUGGCUGCGCAGCCAGAUGGGAUAUGUGGGCCAAAUGCCGACGUUGUUCGCAAUGACGAUCAGUGAGAACAUAGCGCUUGGUGCCGGACUGGAUAUUGCAGUUGACAAAAUCGAGGGGAAGACAGUCAUGCAGCGCAGGGAACCUACACACGAAGAUAUUGUGCGUGCAGCGAAAAUGGCGAACGCCAACGACUUCAUCAUGAAGUUGCCGGAGCAGUACGACACAAUGCUCGGUGAACGUGGGGCAAUGCUCAGUGGUGGGCAGAAGCAAAGAAUUUGCAUAGCGCGAGCCCUCAUUCGAAACCCGAAGAUAUUGAUUCUGGACGAGUCCACUGCUGCUCUUGACGCUCAAUCAGAGCGUAUCGUGCAAGAGGCGUUAGAAAAGGCAUCUGCUGGACGCACGACAAUCAUGAUUGCGCACAGGUUGAGCACCGUGAGAAACGCAGACGUGAUAUCUGUCAUCGACAAGGGGACCGUCGUGGAGGCCGGUACUCAUGAAGGUCUUAUUGACAUUGACAACGGAGCAUACCGUACGCUUGUUGAACACCAGAAGAUUGAAGCGAAGAACGUUGAAAAGAUCCAACAAACCCCCGCUGAUGAAUCUGAGUUUAGGGAAGAGGCCCUUGUCUUUAAGGACUCAGUUUCCAAGACUCGACAUGACAAACCUAUCGGUGAAUCUGAUGAGGAAAGAGAAAGUGAAGCGGAUGUCGACAAAGGUAUUCUAAUGCGUGCCUUUGCGUUCAACCGAGCUGAGUGGUAUUGGAUCUUGAUCGGAGUCGUUGGAGCGGCGGUUGCCGGUUCCGCCUUUCCAGUCAUGUCUAUUGUCUUCUCAAGGGUCAUUUUUGUCAUAAUGCGACCGGCAGAUAACACUCCAGGGGAGAUUCGGAAGUGGUGUCUCUACUUCGUUGCGAUUGGGGGUGGUUCUUUCUUCGGCUACUUCUGUCAGCUGUCUGGAUUGGGAAUUAGUGGAGAGCGACUGACAUUGAAACUGAGGCGGAGAAGUUUCAGAGCAAUCUUGAGACAGGAAAUGGGAUUUUUCGAUGAGAGGAAGAACUCAGUGGGCGCCCUCACAACACGACUUGCCACUGAGGCCUCGCUGGUGAAGGGUGUAACUGGGGAUACAUUGGGUCUCAUGUCGUUCGCUUUGAGCACAAUUGUUACUGGGUUUGCUAUAGCAUAUGAAGCGUGCUGGCGCGUAGCCCUCGUGGUAACGGGCGUUUUCCCGAUUAUGGCUAUUUGUGGUGCAUUGCAAAUGAAACUGAUGACAGGUUUUGACGCUGAUUCGGAGAAGAUGUACGCAGAGGCGGGUACUAUUGCGUCCGAGGCAGUGAAUAACUUUGAUACCGUUACAUCCGUGGGUGUGCAGGAUGUCUUCAUGCGAAAGUAUAACGCAGCACUUGAGAUUCCAAUUAGGAAUGGGCGCAAGUCAGCAAUGGUUGCCGGGAUAAUGUUCGGUAUCUCCGAGUUUCUAUCUCAAGCACUCUGGGCUGUGAGCUUUUGGAUUGGCUCGAUCUUUGUCCGCGAUGGAUUUUGCGAUUUUCCCGAGCUUAUGACAGCGAUCACGGGACUUCUCUUCGCCGGGAUGAUGCUUGGAAAUGCCAGUGGUCAAGCCAGUGAUGUGAGCAAGGCGAAAAUUGCUGCUACCAAAAUCUUCCGCCUUUUGGAUCGUGAAUCGGGCAUUGACCCAAGUAAGAAGACUGGAGAGGUGUCUUCAAUUUCCGGUCAUCUGGCGGCAGAAGGGUUGCGAUUUGAGUAUCCGUCGCGUCCGGACGUUCACGUUCUUCGAGGGGCAUCCAUUGAAGUAUCUCAGGGCCAAACGUUAGCAUUGGUUGGAGCUAGUGGAUGUGGAAAAUCUACGACUAUUGCCCUUUUGGAGCGAUUCUACGAUCCUCGCGAAGGGACUAUUCGAAUUGAUGAUACUGAAAUCCGAGAGUACAACCUGAAUCACCUGCGAUUCAACUUGGGUCUUGUUUCCCAAGAGCCUGAUCUUUUCAAUAGGAGUAUACGGGACAAUAUUGCCUACGGGCUGGACCACUCUGAUGGGACUCCGGUGACAGAUGACACGAUCAUAGCAGCUGCGAAGGCUGCCAAUGCUCACUCAUUCAUUUCAGAGCUGGAAGACGGAUAUGACACUGUCGUUGGCGCACGGGGGGAAAGACUUUCAGGCGGGCAACGGCAGCGCGUGGCAAUCGCUCGAGCGCUCGUGCGAGAGCCCCGAAUCCUUCUACUGGACGAAGCAACUUCUGCACUCGAUGCGGUGUCGGAGCGAGUUGUACAAGACGCGUUGGACAAGGCAGCAGCAGAACGCACGACGGUGGCCAUCGCGCAUCGGUUGUCUACAGUGAAGAACGCCGAUGUGAUAGCGGUGGUGUCAAAGGGUCGGAUUGUGGAAAGCGGAAAACAUGAACAGCUGCUGCGCAUUCCGAAUGGAGAGUAUGCGAAUCUGGUUAAGAACCAGUUGACUGAAGCGACCGACGAAGAAUGAACACCAAGACGCAUCAGUUUGCCCUCGUAGCGAGAUGCGUAAGCAGUCAUCUGGUUUUCCGAACUUGCUGUACGUAGAAUAUGAGGCGUAUGCACAUGUACUGUUACUGUAGAGACUUGCUGAAGUGAUCUGAAUGGUGAGGAUGAUGUAGAGCAGUCCCCACGACAGCCAUCCUCAAAAAGAAAUUCGCCGCCCGAGGUGUCAUGGGCGUCCGUGGGCUGCGUAGUCAUUGUGUGAUGUCUCAAUCUUUAAUAACCGCAAGGCCUUCCCUUUUGUCAUGCUUCCCUGUGCUGCUCUGAACGUUAGACUUUGUUUGAAGGAAGAAGGCUUGAAAUACUGUAGACGGGGCCGGAUCGAAAGGGCGGGGGUAGAAUAAUAGAUAAAAGGGGAGGAUCCGGCAGCAUCUAUUUCCCUGCGUGUAGCUGUGAAGGAAAGGCCGCGUAUCCGUUGUGAGGGUCUGAUUAGGCACGGUGCGGGGUCUCUGAAGAAAAUCCUCUCACUGUGUACCGUACACACUUGCACGUACA